AUGGCAUUGAAUAGUACCGUAUGGGAUGACACACUGACCACAGAUGAAUUCGAGAGAAAAUGGGAAACAAUAAUGCAAGAAUACAACCUUAAAGACCAUAGGUGGUUUACCCAGCUUUACGAGGCGCGUGCAUCAUGGAUACCAGCAUACUUCAAUGACAUAUUAAUGGCGGGACUACUCCGGACAACAUCAAGAUCAGAAUCAGAAAACAGCUAUUUCGGUAAAUUCACAAACCACCACUGCAGCCUAGUAGAAUUCAUAGCACAAUACAACAGCGCCAUCGGAGAACAAAUACACAAGCAGGCAAGACUAAUCGCAGAAAAUGAAGGUUCGUACCCUGAAACCAAAACCCCUUUGAGUAUUGAAAAGCACGCUACUACAGUGUACACUAUAAACAUAUUCUACGAAUUCCAAGAAGAGGUAUGGGAAGCCAGUUUCACAUGUGACAUCAUCGACAAACACAACAUAGGGGAUAUAUGGAAAUACACAAUUAAGGACACAAAUGGAAAAAUGUAUGAAGUAACUGAAACUCCACAAGCAAGGGAAAUAGAGUGUGCGUGCAAAAAGUUCAACCGUGUUGGUAUACUAUGCAGACAUGUGAUGUUGGUGAUGAAGAAAAACGGGUAUGAGUUAAUCCCAGAAAAGUAUAUUGUUCCACGAUGGACACGAAACGCGUGUGCACACCCAUUAUACCAUGUCCCAUGGGCAAGAAAAACAAAUAUUACCAAGACGAAUGAAACAACAAAAGUUGCAAAUCAACUAUGGAAUGAAUUCUACAACUGCAUGGGAUUAGCGAAUGGUUGGCCUGACAAGAUGGACCAAAUGUUGGCAACAUUGCAACAACUGAAAAAAGAUCUACAAAAGGAGGCACACCAAACACAAGAGGGAGCGCACACCGAAUCCGUGUUUGAGAGACUAGUUGGACCAAGCAGACCAAGCGACAUACAAAUAACCCCCCCCCCCCAGGUUGCAAAAAACAAAGGGAGUGGAAAGAGACUCAAAAACAGCAAAGAAAUAGCCACAACGAAGAACCAAAAGAAAAAGGAACGGACAUGCAACAUAUGCGACCUCCCGGGCCACAACAGCCGCACCUGUCCAGAUAAACUUGCAUAA